GAUUACACAUAAAGUUCUUCAGAACCCAAAAAUAAAAAAUAAAAAAAAUCAGCUUUUCCUUCUCCUUUUUCCCUUCCUUCUGUCCACCAUUACAAUGCCUCCAUAAAUACACCUCCCCACCUCCCCUUUUCCUCUUACUUCUUCUUCUUUCUCCUCAAUGGCUUAAACCCCAUAAACAAAACACAGUGUACCCCCCCCAAAAUUCCCAACAUGAUCUCUGUUUCUGAUCUCUAUCAUGUCCUCACUGCCGUCGUCCCUCUCUACGUCGCCAUGAUCCUUGCCUACGGCUCCGUCAAAUGGUGGAAAAUCUUCUCUCCUGACCAAUGCUCCGGCAUCAACCGUUUCGUUGCUCUCUUUGCCGUCCCCCUUCUCUCCUUCCAUUUCAUUUCCUCCAACAACCCUUUCUCUAUGAACUUACGUUUCAUCGCCGCCGAUACGCUUCAGAAACUUAUCGUCCUCGUCGCCCUAGCUGUUUGGUCUCAUCUCUCUUCUAAAGGCUCUUUAGAAUGGUCGAUCACUCUGUUUUCUCUGUCCACUCUGCCUAACACUCUGGUAAUGGGAAUUCCUCUGUUGAAGGGAAUGUACGGCGACUCCACUGGUACUUUAAUGGUUCAAAUCGUUGUUCUUCAGUGCAUCAUUUGGUAUACAUUGAUGUUGUUCUUGUUCGAGUACAGGGGGGCUAGAUUGUUGAUUGCAGAGCAGUUUCCGGAUACUGCAGGGGAGAUUGUUUCGUUUAGAGUUGAUUCGGAUAUUCUGUCUUUAGAUGGGAAAGAGCCGUUACAGACGGAGGCGGAGAUUGGCGAAGAUGGAAAGUUGAGAGUGGUGGUGAGGAAGUCUACGAGUUCUCGAUCGGAGGUUUUUUCUCGGCGGUCACACGGUGGUGGAGGUGGGGUUUCAUUAACGCCGCGGCCGUCGAAUUUGACGAAUGCCGAGAUAUAUUCUUUGCAGUCCUCGAGGAAUCCGACGCCGAGAGGAUCGAGUUUUAAUCAUUCGGAUUUCUUUUUGGGGAAUGCGAGUCCGAGGCAUUCGAAUUUUGGGAAUUUUGGGAAUUUUGAUGAAGAAAAUGGGGGAAUGAAAGGCAGAGGAAUUAGUGGUAAUGUCAAUGGGAUUUUUCCGAGCGCUAAUGGGUAUCCGGCGCCGGCGAGUGGGGGUCUUUUCUCGCCGGUGACCGGACCGGCAGCGACGAAGAAGAGGAAUGGUGGUGAUGGGGGAAAGGAUUUGCAUAUGUUUGUUUGGAGUUCGAGUGCGUCGCCAGUUUCCGAGGGUGGAAUCAACGUUUUCCGUAGUGGAGAUUACGACGCCCCCGGCGCCGGUGGGAUGAACCCGAAAGAUUUCAACGAGUAUGGUGGGGAUGAGUUCAGCUUUGGGAACAAAUCCGCCGUGAACGGCGGGGGACACGACGGAGGCCCUGUACUGUCCAAGCUUGGGUCAAGCUCCACUGCUGAACUCCACCCGAAACAUGGCGAUGACACAGCGGAGUCUAAGCCCACCUCAAUGCCCCCGGCUAGUGUGAUGACAAGGUUAAUUUUAAUCAUGGUUUGGAGGAAGCUGAUUAGAAAUCCUAAUACAUAUUCAAGCUUGAUUGGCCUUGCUUGGUCUUUGAUCUCUUUUAGGUGGAAUAUUGCGAUGCCAGCAAUCGUUGCUCGAUCAAUCGCUAUUUUAUCCGAUGCCGGGCUUGGGAUGGCGAUGUUUAGUCUUGGGUUGUUCAUGGCAUUGCAACCUAAAAUCAUUGCUUGUGGAAAUACCAUUGCUUCAUUUGCCAUGGCGGUUCGGUUCAUCACUGGACCGGCGGUGAUGGCAGCUGCCUCCAUCGCUGUUGGGCUCAGAGGAGUUCUCUUGCACAUUGCUAUAGUUCAGGCUGCCCUACCUCAAGGGAUUGUCCCUUUUGUGUUUGCGAAAGAAUACAAUGUUCAUCCUGACAUUUUGAGCACUGGUGUUAUAUUUGGGAUGCUGAUAGCUCUACCAAUAACUUUGGUUUAUUACAUUUUGUUGGGACUUUGAAGAUGCAAAACAGUGAAAGGUGCAACAUUGGGAGGGACAAAGAUUGGUCUUUUUCUCUCUCUAGAAACACAAUUUUUAUCUAACUAAAGAAGAAAAAGAUUUGUUGAUGGGGAAAAGAGGGAAAAAAGUGUUGUUAACUUUUCUUUUUUUGUUUGUUGUAAUUUUUUGGCCUCUUUUUGUGCUCAAUUUCUUUUGUUCUUUUGAUGGGGGGAAGUAAGUAAAUGAAAGCUUCUUAAGAUUUGUCUCUCAA